AUGCUUGAAGAAUGGGACAUUGUGAAGAGCAAGCGCAUACACACACAUGUACUCGGUGAUCCCUAUCACAUUAGGCGAGUUGGGUACUCUCCAGACGGAUCUGAAAUCCAUUUUAUGAGCAGAAGAAACGCCGGUUUGGACCAUGGCCCGGACCUCGGUGAUGGCGAUGGCGAUGAUGAUGAGGAUGAAGGCGCCGAUGAAGGCGAUGAAGACGAUGAAGACGAUGAAGACGACGAAGACGACGAAGACGACGAAGACGACGAAGCCGACGAUUCUGAUGAUAUCUUUGCACUAUACGGCCACAUCUAUGCCUUUGACCCCCAGUCGCCUCCACCGGCCAAACAGCCGGCCUAUGUUUCACUGAGAAACGAGCAAAUUUCCAUAUCAUACAUAAACCAGGCCCGUGGGCAUGCAUCCACGGCACUCGAUCUCUCGGUGGAUGGACGGUGGAUUUGUUUCAACGGCAGAUAUAUCAUGCCUGUUCCGGCGGAGUUCAGUACCAAUGGAGCCUGGAACAAACUGGUAGACACAGAAUAUAGCACGGCCAUGGCUGGAGAGAAACACAUGAUCGCGAUGGUCAAUGGGAACGGCACGGUCACUACGCUGGCAAUUGAUGCGGACAAAUUGGGACAGUGUCUUGGACCAUGA